CCCCCUCUUUUUGCAGUCUUCACAAAGCGCGGUUGGAUCCAAGUUGUGUGGAUUCGUAGUCUCUAUCGAUUUUUGCUACGAAUUCAAUUUCAUUCCAGUAAGUACCGCGGCCUAUUUUGGAACUCGUCCUGCUUCUAGAUCCAUGUCAAUGCCUAAUGAGGAACAUGCGUCUUCGCAUACCCAGCUUUCAUCUAAUUUCUUUGGGGAUCUCCUGGAUUCCGUGAUUGUUGAUGUUGCAUCGGAGUGUCAUCGAAUAGCAAGGUUAGGUCUUGAUCGAAACUUAGAAGAGGAAGAAGAAGAAUUAAGACUUUCAGCACAGGCACGAGUAAGAGUAGCUGAUUCUAGCAAUAGUAGUGAAGCAAACGGCAAAUAUAUAGUUGAUAUUUUUGGACAAACUCACCCUUCUGUUGCGAAUGAAAUAUUUGAUUGUAUGAAUUGUGGUCGAUCAAUCAUGGCUGGGAGAUUUGCCCCUCAUUUAGAGAAGUGCAUGGGAAGGGGUAGAAAGGCUCGUCUCAAAGUAACAAGAAGUAGUACAGCUGCACAGGGCCGGUAUUCUCGAGGCAGUCCUGUUCCUGCAUAUUCCCCUUACACUAGUUCCCCUGGCGCAAACCGGUUACCUAAUGGAAUGUCCGGUGUUGCAGGCGAGGAGUACUCAAACGGUACAUCCGAAGACCCAUGAACAACAAAGCAAUGACCGAAUUAUUUCAUUUUAGGAAAACAUACUGUAAUCUAAAUUUGCUUGCAGGAAUCUGAUGAUAUCUCCUGUCAUGUUGAGUUUUAUAUUACAUGACUUCUUUGUAUGGGUUAUCAUUACAUGGGAAGAAUAUGUCUGGAAUCUGGAUGUAUUAUGAGUUCAUUACUUUUCUACUGUUCUAAAUUUUGAUGCUGAAGAUCUUGUACAGAAGAAGUGCAAAAGGAAGUUAAAAAUGCUAAA